CGAAUGGCACUUAGGUGCUUCCGUAAAUAGGUUUUGUAGAGACGCAAAUGGCGUAUUGUUAUGCUAGCCUCGUGACGUCAUCUAUCGUUCACAGGAGCGGAGUUGGACUUGUCGUACGACGCAGAUUUACUGAAUAUUUUUGGAAUUAGAGGUUUAUAAAAGGAUACUGUUGUGUGAUGUGCUUUCUAAGACGGAGUCGACGUUAAGUGAAGCAUCUUAGUUUGAAAUCAAUAUUUGAAAGAAAAGUUCUACGUCGAGAUGAAUGAACAUGUUUCGAGCUAUCUACGGGGCUUUUACUCAUAUGAACGUAGUUUUAAUCGCCGUGUACUUGCAGACGAUAAGGAGAUUGAAGCAGCAUAUGAACAAGCAAGAUUAAGAGGAAAACUACCCUUUAACAGAUCAAAAAUCUUAAUUUUAGGAGAUCACGGUGUGGGAAAGACAUCGACAAGUAGACGUUUGCAAGGAAAGAGUUUUCGACAUGACGAGCCCAGCACAAUGGGAAUCAAAACAAACACUGUAAAAGCAAAAGUUAGUGAUGUUAACGGUAAGUGGAGUGAAAUAUCAAACACUCCACUAGAAGACUUUGAAUGUUCGGCAGCAUGGUGGGCAGUAUCACAUGUGAGCAAACACGGUGUGACUGAAACCUCGAGGCCCGUUAGCAAGUCAGAAGUUAAGCCAAAUACCUCGCUAAUAAAUCUGAAGAAAGACUUAUUUGGUCAGAUAACACACACUAUUCCCGUUUUAGUUUUAUUUCUAAACGGUGGGUUUAUGUUCGGAUUUGGACUAGUUGCAUGGAUGUGUAUUAUUUCUUUGAUGUUUAUAACCGAUGUUCACACUGCGUACCGCUUCGGUUGUGGAUACACUAUCGUAAUGACAUUUGUAGACAGCGCAAUCGAAUUGGGUCUAUGGAUCCACAUUCCCAAUUUCACAAUAGCGUUGCAUAUAAUAUUUGCCUUAAUUGCUGGCGUGCUUUUGGGAACAGGUGGUAGAACUGGAUUAUGCCUAGCAUUUUGUAUUAUGGUGCAUCCGAAACAGAAAACAUUUUCCAUCGACAAUGUUACAGAAAUGAUAUUAGUCAUCUACAGCAAAGCAUAUUAUAAACUGAUAAUUUACAUCGUUUCAAUUAUUACUAUUCUGACAUUUAGGUAUGUUGCCGUUAAGAUAUUUUCGAUGAGUCGACGAAACUGUAUAUCUGUGUUAAUAAGCAUUUUUGUUAGUCUUACAGCAGCAGGCUUUAUCGGAGGUCCAGAUUUUCUAAGUCUAUUUUAUACAUGUACGUGUAUUUUUGUACUUUUGAGUGUUUUAUUAGUUGGGAUCCUUUUAGGAAGAAAGUUUGUUGCUUAUGGGUAUAUUCCUCAAAUGUAUAUUAUCAAGAAAUGUAUUGGUUUUGGAGCUGGUAUAUUUAUGGCAUAUUUUUUCGGGUGGGAAUUGACAGAUUUAACUCCAAAAUUACAAGAUACCCAAUAUUAUUUUCCGCAAUAUUUGUUGAGCUUAUUGCUCUUUCUCGCACCAAUCAUUGCCUUUUUUGUUUACGAAUGGUUUUCCUAUGUGAAAGUGAAGACUACCACCUCUAUACCGAUAAAGCAUAUCAGAAAAUCAAUGGAAGCAGGUAUUCGUAAUGAACCAUAUUUGGAUGCUAGACUUAGUAUAUGGGACUUUGCAGGGCAAAACAUAUACUAUAACACUCACCAUUUAUUUAUGCCAAAGCAGGGUGUAUAUCUAAUUGUGUUCAACGCCGUUAAAGCGGUUAUGAAUCCUGGAAAACAAAUCAAACGGUUACAAUUUUGGUUGCAAUCAGUUGCUAUGCAUGGAGACAUUAAAAAUGUUGUAGUGUUUCUUGUAGGAACAAGCCGAGAAAGCGUUGACAAUAAUGCACUUUUACAAUUUACUCAACUUACUAAAGCACAUCUAUACAAACCAUUUUCUAGAUUACUUGCAUUCCAUCCGUUAGGCAGCUUUUUAUUUUUCAUUGAAAAUUCGUUACAAGUAGACCAAGAACGCAGCGUGCUACAAACAGUUAUUCAUAAUGAGAUUAAAAAAUUGGAUUUUUUUCAGGAGAAUCAUUCAGUAAAAUACCUUUUAUUUCAUGAAAUAUUGAACAGGUUUCGCCUACAAAAAUACAUUAUGAUGAGUUUAGUAGAGCUCUUCGAGGAAGUCAAAUUAACAUGUAAUAUCAUUUCUGAGAAUGAGUUGUGCAAAUUCUUGAACUUCUUUGACAGAUCUGGUGAUGUAAUAUACAAUGAACGAGAUGAGACACUCCGACAUUACGUUAUCUGUGACCCUCAAAUGAUCAUAGACAUUUUGACAAUCUUAGUUAAUGUGCCUGAACCUCAAUUAAGAAAUCGGACAGUAGCUGACCUGUUUCAGAGAUUGAAAGACACUGGCAUCGUUGACAGUAGAUUAUUGGAACACAUUUGUAGACAGAAAAAAAUUUGGCGACAUUACCCUUACAUCAUUCGUUUCUUAGUUGGAACGAAUCUACUUUUCCCGCUUAAUGCUAUCGAUCCAGUCGACCAAGUCGGCACCUUUAUUCUCCCUUGUCGACUGCCAAAAUUCAGUUUAAUGUCAAAACAGAACAGCAAUGUUCACUCGAAAGACACUUUCUAUUUCGACUUUGGUGAAAUUCUUCAUGAAUUUAUAUUUCUACGUCUCAUUGCUAAAUGUUGUGAAGUGUUUAGUUGGGAUACGAUCUACUACAAUGUAGCAACAUUCAGGACCGUUAAAUCAUGUCUUUUCUUCAUAAGUACAGAAGUAAUUUCUGGAAACAUUAAUUCAUACGAUAGAAAUCUUAUCAAAGUUGAAGUUAUAAGUGAAGAAAUAACUCAGACUAUGUUCAUUCUACAGAAGAUUGUUAUUUUUAUUGAAGAAAUAAUCAAUCGAGAUUUCAACCUGGACUACUUUAGAAAACAUUAUAUAUGUGGACCUGUGUGCGAGAGGUGUAGUUCCUUAGAUUACACAAUGUGUUUGGUGAACCUCAUUACACAUGGAAACGAUAUAUCUACACUGGAUGGCUAUAAACCAGACAUUUAUCAUACGGUCACACUUGAGCUAAAGUUGAAAGUCACGUGCAAUCGAAAAAUAGAUUCACAAUGAGAUUUGAGGUGCUGCGGAGUACACAACAACCAAAAUGAAACUCUAGGCCACCUCUAUGUGAACCACAGUAAUUCAAAAACACUUUUAAAGGUUAUAUAAACCCAACCAUCUUCAUGGACAUCGACAUUGAAGAGGAAAAAAUGAAAACGAUAUUAUCCUGACUUCAAUGAAAACGCUUGGACAGCUGCUGUCCAUUUUUUUUUUAUUGUCACGACGAGAAGCACUAACUGCCAAAAUGUCCAUGUUAAACCGACAUGAUUUUUCGGCGCGAAAAAUUCGCCCUACGGUAUAUUUAUUUUACACUGGAAUCCGCGAUAUGAUUACGCUUGUUGAUUUUUGUGUCAUUGACGCUAAUGAAAAUGGCCACUGUGGAUAUCAGACAUGUAUUACUUAUGAAAGCAAGAUUACUAAUAAUAUUAUUGCUACGUAGAAGAAAGAAAUGGAGGCAACAAUAUAGACAAAGAUAUUGAGUAAGAAGGAUUUAUGAAGGACGUGAGCAAAAUGGUGAAUUUCACCUCCAGGUCCAGGAACUGAAACUGUACUAUACAAAAUAUUUACCUAUCAGCCCAAGUGAAAAACAGGGGCGGAUCCAGAAUUUUUCCAACGGAGGAAGGUUGCGUUGGUGGGGGUGGGGGGGGGGAGCACAACAUUUUCAGAAUACUCGAUAAGUAGGUAGCGCUUGUAACAGCGUAGGGUUUCCGGAAAGAAUACGGAAGCGCCGACGAUAUUAUCAACGCUGACGUGAUUAUUUAAAUGUGUAACUCAUGUUAGUACUACGUGAUUUCUAGAUGAUUUGAAAUACACUUUCGUACAUUAUGAGACGUCUAUUAUUGAAUACAUUCUAAAUUAAUAGUUUUUUCCUACUUUACUAUGGGCAAUUAAUAAUAAUGAUGAUGAAGAAGAUGAUGAUGAGGAGGAGGAAGCAAAAUUAAUUAAUAGGUCCUUUGAUGUAAAGAGUCAAGCGAGGCCCGUAGCCUGAGUUAGGGUUGGAAAUUUGGUGACAUUAUCGUACAAUGUUCAAUGCACACGGUCGGACAAUAGCUAUAUGAUUUAUGAUUUCUCUUUUGUAUAGAAAGUAAUAUGAAACCAUAAAAUAUCAGUUCAGGCAUUCAUUUAUCUGUUGUGGAAAAUAUAACAAAUGAAUCAUACAAAAAUAAAAAGAAUACAAAUAAAAUAAAAACAUGUAAAUAACAUCUACACUAAAUCAAAAUGGAAUAUUCACUGCCUGUUGGAUCGCAGUUUUAGUGUUGCAGAGGUUCCGAAGGAUUUAAAGUGCUGUAUAACCAAUACCGGUAUUUCUGCUAGAUUACUGAUUAAAAUGUAAAAUAUUUAAGAUUUUGAACUCAGUACAUUCUCAAAUGUCAUGUAAAUAUCAUAUAUCCCAAAAAUUACGUUAUAUACAUGCACCGAAUGGGAAAGUUUAACCUAAUAAUUUUGAUAAGUUUUAUGUUGUUUGUUGAAUGGUAUUUAACGAUCUUAUAGUCUAAUAUGACCAUAACAUAAGGAAGUCCUCUCUUUUAACUUUUAAACUCCUGACCUUCUAAAUUUUAUAUUUCCUUAAAUCAUAAGGAAAUCCACUCGUUAAAUUAGCAUAGAUAGUACAGAGAAUUUUGAUUGACUGUCAAUCUCAGCUAUCCAGAUUUCAGGAAAUUACAUUGUAUGCAUGCACCGAAGAGCAAAGUUUAAACAUAACUUUGAUAUGUACAUGUUUUAUGUUAUGUGUUGAUUGGUCUUAGUUAAUAAUAUUAACGUUUAAAAUUCAUAUAAUGUUUUGGUCAUAAUAUAAUUUAUUCUUUAAAGAAAGCAGAAUAAUGCAAUUCUUUCAACAAUUGUACUCUGACCAAAACCAAACUUGAUUGGUGUGAUUUUAUUUCCACCAAGAUAUUAAUUAAAUAUGCAUAAUUGUCUUUUGUGAUUUUAAAAUAACAAAAUAUAAUGAAAUUAUAUAUGCCUUCCAAUAAGGUUUUAAGAAUCAACACACAUGUAUAUUAUCCAUUUGAUUGUUUUUUGAUUAACCAUACAUAGUGACAUAUAAAUCAAAAUAAAAUAAACAAAAAACUCAACUCAACUCAACAUCGUGCAGCCGAUUUAAUUACAGUCCCUUUUAAUUAAUACAGUAGUCAGGCAAUGCAGAAAUAUAUUGCAAUUUUGCCUAUGUUUUUUUCUUUGGUUGAGGUAGGUGGCAUUUCUGACGGAAACAGUUAGAAUUUGCCAGACCACCAGGCACUGCAAUCCCUUUAUAUUGUUUUUAAAUAUCAUUUUAUCUCUCACCCGACUUUUGCCAUAUCGAACGGUGCGAAGGUCUGGAUCCGCGCCUGCAUGUAUUGAUUGGAAGUGUACCAUAUUACUUUCGUUCAUAGGUCUAAUCUUAGAUUUUUGUCAAUGUCAAAAGGCAAAAUACUAAAGUAAUAACAAUGCUGUGAGUAACAUUUCUUUCUCUUGAAUAAACCUGCCUGUUUUGAAUUCAAA